CCGCCCCUCUCUCCGGACGCAUCUCUGGGCCCCAUCAUCACCCGGCGCCGGGCCCUCCCCCCUUUCUCCUCCUCCUUCCUUCCCUCCCUUCCUCCCUCUCUCCCUCCCUCUCAGCUCCUGCACCAGGAAACAGCCCGGAUCCCGGCAGCGGCCUGACCCGGCUCCACGCUGGCCAGGAGGAUGAAAGGCCGCAGCUGGGGGCUCCUUGCCACCGGCGCUGGGUCCUAAGAGCUGCCAGCCAGGCGGGCCGCCCGGAUGGCGACCCCCGCCUCGGCCCCAGACACACGGGCUCUAGUGGCAGACUUUGUAGGCUAUAAGCUGAGGCAGAAGGGUUAUGUUUGCGGAGCCGGCCCCGGGGAGGGCCCGGCAGCCGAUCCCCUGCACCAAGCUAUGCGGGCGGCUGGAGAUGAGUUCGAGACCCGCUUCCGGCGCACCUUCUCUGACCUGGCGGCCCAGCUGCAUGUGACCCCAGGCUCUGCCCAGCAGCGCUUCACCCAGGUCUCUGACGAACUCUUCCAAGGGGGCCCCAACUGGGGCCGCCUGGUGGCCUUCUUUGUCUUUGGAGCGGCGCUGUGUGCCGAGAGCGUCAACAAGGAGAUGGAGCCGCUCGUGGGGCAGGUGCAGGAGUGGAUGGUGGCGUACCUGGAGACGCGGCUGGCCGACUGGAUCCACAGCAGCGGGGGCUGGGCGGCGUUCACAGCUCUGUACGGGGACGGGGCCCUGGAGGAGGCUCGGCGGCUGCGGGAGGGGAACUGGGCCUCCGUGCGGGCAGUGCUGACGGGGGCUGUGGCCCUGGGGGCCCUGGUCACUGUAGGGGCCUUUUUCGCUAGCAAGUGAGAUGGUGCAGGGCCAGGCGGGGACUCAGAGCGGUGGGCAGACAGGAGAGCAGAAACGGAACCGAGAAACGCCCUUGGAAGAAGUCGGGUGCACGCGUGGGCAGGACACAGGAUCGGGCAGGGGGCAGGGUGGCGCGUGAGGGAGCUGGAUGCGGCAGGCAGGCUGUUGGCGGCAGGAGCUGGAGACACGGGGAAGGUGUUUGGGAAGUCGGGGCCAGGAGAGAGAGUCAUUCUAGGGUGGCGGGGGAGACAGGCGGGUCACGUCUGUAGAUGGUGGCACCCAAAGCGCGAACCAUAGCGAACUGUAGCGUGACUUGUGAGUCCCCAGGAAAGUGGACUUGCUUGGGGGCUUUUGGCACCAUUGGAUCAGUGGGGAUUUGGGGGAAAACACAAAAGGCAGCUUCCUGGGGGAAUGGCAGCUUGGGGUCGCAGGUGCCUCUGUGUGUGUGUGUGUGUGUGUGUGUGUGUGUGUGUGUGUACGUACGUGUGCGUGUGUGCAUGUGUGUGCUCCCGCACACACGUGGACGCCUGUGCAUGCUGCUUGUCUAAGCUGGAGGUGGGAGGAGGGGGGGCACUCUCCCAGAACAUUCCCUCUUGCAGUGGCAAGAAUCUGGGGCAAUUGUCUGCCCCUCCUCCCCCGCGGUCCCUCUUUCUCCCCUUGUCCUAAACUCUCAAGGCUAAGCGAGAAACACUGUAUCGAGGCUUUGGGCCAGCUCCUCUGUCACGGGCAGGGCCUGGGAGAGCCGCUGAGCCCCGGCUGUGGCCUUGCUCCUUCAUCACCCCCCUUCCUUGCACCCGGUGCAGUCGCUGCUGCCUUCCCGCCUGGCUCUGACAGAAAAGGCCAGGCCAGGGAUCUGCAGGGCCUGCACCAGGGGGAGGGAGCUGAACCCACCUGCCCGACCUCCUCCCCCCCUCCUCCCCCCCCCCCGUCCUCUCCUGCUGUGGCACACCAGUGCCCAUGGGGUUCCCUAUCUUGGGGACCAUCUGUACCGAAACUUCAGCCUAAGCGGAGGGCUCGAAUUGAUUUCUCACGGGAGUGCGUGGAUGUUCAAGAGAUGCUGGUGUACAGUUUGGGGCCUGCGCUUGUCGCCACUGUUGACUCCCUCAGAGGAAUAGGCCAGCUCUGAAGUCCCUGGGCGUGAGGGGGGACGUGGACUCAUGACCGGCCCGGGCCGUGUGCUGGGCUCUGGUGCUGCUGUUGCUGAGGGUCAGGUGGGUGGGUGGGAGAGUUCCUUCCGCAACCUAGAAGCAUUGACUGCUCGCUAAAGCCACGCUGUGUGCAUGAGUGUCCCCUGUCCAUACCUCGGUGUCGGACGAUGCUCUGCGGCAGAGCUCACGGUCCUCGAGAACAGAUGGCAAUGGCAGCCUUUUCUUUUGAGAAAGGAAUCAUUUCACUCCAUAUGCAUGCCCUGAGCCAGACCUCACUGCUGCACUUUGCGAGGUGCUAACAUUGCUGCUCUCCAAUGCUGACUCCAGACACAGGGCUCGCUAGGACCCUGCCCUCCACCCCGAGCACUGAUCAGCUUAGCUAGACCAUGGAGGAACUCUUGUUAGAUUUUUUUUUUUUUUAAUCCCAGCUUGGUCCCAGAAUGUGGCAACAUAGUUGUACUCACUAGAAUGUGGGACCAAAAUCGGCCUCAGGUGUUUAGCCCAGACUUUUGCUUUUGAGAGAGGGCUGCGCUUUUUCAUGGUAUUUAUCAGGGCGGUGGCUGACUGCGUGUGCCACUGGGUCUGUGGUGAGUGCGCUGGUCUCCGAACCGGUCUAUGUGGCAGGCAAUUGGGGUGGGGGGUGGGGGUCUCUGACUUGCUCAGGACGAACUAGGCCAGUGGUUUUCCAACUGCUUGGCAGAGCCCCCGAGUUUCUUUGGGGUUCCCUCAGAAGCCCUCGGGGAAGAGGAGGUGGGAUGAUGGGGUAAUGAUGGGGGCCCAUCGAGCAGGCUGGGUGACUUGCCCUCCAACAAAACAGCUCCCCCUUGUAGCUGUCUUACGUAUCGGGGUUCAGGGUAAGAUUUUGUUUGUGUGAAGGGGUUUGCUGCUGAGGGAAGUUGGAAAACCACUGACUAAAUAGAUCAUCAGCUCCAGAUUGGAGCCCGGGCUGGGGCAGACUUCUCACCUUACCCUGGAGCCUAGGGAGGCUUGUCCCCACCUGUCCCUGUUAGCUCUCUUGGGGCCAGCAGAGAACUAGGGGCCACGGCACUGUGGUCAGGUUACUGAACUGUCCUGGAUGGAGUGAGAGGUGACCUUCUGAAAGGGUAAAGGGCUCGAUCCCAGAAGCGUGGCUUGAAUGGGACCAUGGUGGACAGUUUUCACGGGUCCUGCCCUGCUUUGAGGGGCAGCGGAAACCCCAGAGACUCUUAUGUCAGGGAAAACUAGACUCUCUUCUAGAGCCAUAUAAUUCCUUGGGAUUAGCUCUUGGCCAAAAAGGCUGAGUAUGGCUCCCAAUUUUUAAGUCCAUUUCAUUUAAAAUAAGGGGAAGAAAUCUAAUUUUCAUUUUCCAGAGAUUAAAUCAGUGGAGAGGGUGUUUCUUGCUCUCCAGAACUCAAAGGGACAAAUAGGGAUUUUGCUUAGGCCAAGGAAGGAGCAGAAGUAGGGCACCGAGGUCCUGCGGUGAUUAAUCCCAUUUCCCACUUAUUCUAGGGCAUACACUAUUUUACUUUUUUAAAUCAUCAAAUGGCGGGAGAACAGAUUUGGUUAGUUUAGAAGAAAAGAAAAAGCUCUAUAAAUAUAAAUAUAUAUAUUCCUGUAUUUUUAUUUAAUAAUUUAUAAAUACCAAGUUCAUUUGACUUUUAUUUUUGUGUAAUAUGUAAUGGUCGUAUUAAAAAAAAAUAAAGCCCAGAAGUUUAAUGAGAAGGACUGAACAGGGUUUGUGACUUCUAUACUGAAUAGCUUGGGGGUCAGGGCAGUUUUUGAUCCAAUCGUCUCUUGGUAACUUUGUUCAGGACAAAGACUAGAAGAACAGGGAUUUGUGAAAGGGUCGAGAUGAGAUUUUAAAAAAAAUGUGCCAAGUAAGUCAACCCAAGCCUUAAAAGGGUAUAUACAUGCAGUACCUUAGGAGGGCCACAGACUCAAACCCAAACCCAAACCCAAACCCAACCAAGGUACCAAAAUAUCUUUCUGAGACAAUUAUCAAGUCUCCACUUGUGGUUCAGCUGCUAAUUGGAUGUGUGCUAUAGUGAAAUUUCUCCCCCAAACCCUAUUUCCUUCUUUGGACUUUGAGUCCGACAAAAAUGGAGCCCCUGCUUCCUUUCCUGGUUCCCCAAGACAUUUGAUUUCAGCCAUUUUAAUAUGAACAGCUAAGUUGGAUGGUAUCUACAGGAAUUAUUCAGCCCAUCCCUCCAUACUUCUAGGACCACAUCAAAAGUGUAUCUGACAGGAAUAGUGAUUCCUAUUUUAAAUUACAAGCAGGAAUUUAUAUUCCAGUGCAAUCAAAUGGUAUUGGGGUUUCUUUGUUAAAUUGCAAUGAGAAAUGUAGUGCUUAGAGGAAUUCAGUGAUGUGUUUCUAUUCUCUCCAUAGAAAAAUCUAUAAAGCAAGACUUUAAAAUCAUAGAGUGAUUUAGACUGGAGUGAUAGUACAGUAGGCAGGGCGCUUGCCUUGCACUCAGUAGACCGAGGUUUAAUCCCUGACAUCCCAUAUGAUCCCCAGAGCACAGCAAGGAGUGAUCCCUGAGUGCAGAGUCAGGAGUAAGACCUGAAUGUUGCUGGCUGUGGCCCCCAAAACCAAAAAAAUAAAACAAAAAGCUUUGAAAAAAUAAAUCAGAGAGUGGCUUGAUGAACAGGGCAUUAGUGGAAAGGGAAUUACAUGCUCUUCAUAAUUAAUAUUAGACUAUGACGAUAGUUAACGCAUUCAUCUCUACUGAAAUCUGAUGGAUUUAAAGACUGAUUGGUUUAUAUCCACCUAGUUCCAAAAACAUUUGCAACAUUUUGCUCUAAUACACAAAAGACAAAAUAAUAGAAAGUAUAGAUUUUUAAAGUAGGAGGUAAAGGGUAAAUUGAAAUAUGACAGUAAGAUGACAGCAGAAAGGAACAUGAAUGUUCAGAAAGGCAUUCUGUAAGCAAUAUUCCUGAAUACUAGAGCUAUGCUAUGAAUUCAGCUCCGAGCUGCUUGGCAGCUAAAGCAAGUUGGGAAACACAGUGAGAUUCCUAUUCCUCUUAGGAAAUAUAAAAGCCUAUCAGUUUGAAGCUGGACAAAAGCUUUGUGUCUCUUAUGAGAAGACACUGAGUGAUACGGUGGAUACCACCAGCUAUAAUGCCGGGCAGCAAAUACAAUGUUGAGUUUUGCACCAUUGUUUCUUAUAGAAACACUGAAUGAGGAUUUAGUAGGUUGUAAGCUUGUUCAAUCAAGCUGAUCACAGAUUCACCCAAAUAGGCUCUAUGAUGCUAUAUUUUAAUAUAGGUCUAGAUUUCAGGCUAUCAAAAUGGACUGAUGGAUUGUUUAUCUUUCAGACAGUUUUUUGUGAAUGUUUCUCCAAAAGGCACUUUUGACAUAAGUUGGGUAACAUUUCGUUAUAAUUUCUAGCAAAAGGAUGAGUUGUAGAUAACUGUGUUUUUACUUAAGAUUAGAUCUUUUGCAAACUUAAAAAGUUGCCUUAAAUGUGGAUACAAGCAAAAUAUAAACAAAUGAACAAUAUUUAAAAACCAAUUAGAAAAAAAGAACAUAAGGAAUGCUAUGUAGUUCUUUAGUCAUUCAUUGUCUCAGUGAAUACUCAAGAGUCUUCUGGAUCUAAGCCCAAAUCUAGGCCCGGAGGUAGAGAAGAAAAUUAACAUUUUGGAUUUGCAUGAUUAAACACGUUCUAGUUAGGGAAACAAAAGCAACCAAAUAAAUAAAAUUUACAACAUUAGUUAACAUUAACAUUUUCAUAUAAGAAAGUGAUAUGGUAUAAAGAAAAAAAUAAUUCACUAGGAUGGGAUUGGGAAGCUACAUGAAUAUAUCUCAGUGUUAAGCACCUCAUUUCUAACUAAGGUGAUAUGAAUAGUCAAAAAUAAUCAAAAAUAUUUUUGUUGAUACGGAAAGGUGUUUCGGUCUUAUUGGGCAUAAAGAAAAUAUAACAUACAGCAUGAUCCUAUUUUGCUUAUCUAUAUUCACACAUCUGUCCAUGUAUUUGUGUAUUGAAUCUUCAGGAAGAGUAUAUGCCAAAAUAUCAGUGAUUAUCUCAGGAUGGUGGAUUUGUGGGUAGUAUAAUUUUGUUCCUUUUGCUUUUGGUAUUUUAUGUCUUAUUAAAAUAAAGCACACGUUUCUGGUACAGUUGAUUUAAAAUGUUUUUCAGGUACAAAAUUAUUAAUUAAAGAAAAUUAUUUUUGGUUUUUGGGCCACAUCUGGCAGUGCUCAGGGCUUACUCCUGACUCUGUACUCAGGGAUACUCCUGGAGGGCUCAGGGGACCAUUCAGAGUGCCGGGGAUCUAACCUGGGUUGGCCACGUGCAAGACAAGCACCCUAUUUUCUGUGUUAUCACUAUGGCUCCCCACUUACAAUGUUUUUAAUUUAAAAAAAAUUAUUUUUUGUUUGUUUGGUUUUUUGAGCCACACCAGCAGUGCUCAGCGUUUACUUCUGGCUCUGUGUUCAGGGAUCACUCCUGACAGACUCGGGGGAUCAUAUGUGCUGCUAGAGAUUGAACCCAGCAAGCAUCCUACUGCUGUUCUGUCUCUAUGGCUCCAGUACAAGUUAUUUGUUUUGUUUUGGGGCCAUACCCGGCGAUACUCAGGGUUUGCUCCUGGCUCUGCACUCAGGAGUUACUCCUGGUGGUGCUCAGGGGACCAUAUGGGAUGCCGGGGAUCAAACCCCGGUUGGCCACAUGCAAGGCAAGUGCCCUACCUGCUGUACUAUCGCUCUAGCCCCCAAAGUUUUGUUUUUGUUUUUGUUUUUUUUAAUAAAGUUAGCUAAGCAGAAUAGAAAUUAAAUAGCUCAAUAAAGUUCCCCACUUAACUCAAGGAUGGGCCUAAGGAGUUAAGAUUGGCCAGGCCAGACUUUGCAUUAAAAAAUAAUGCAAAGGGGCUUGACUCUUUUAAAAUAGAGGUAAGUAAAUGGCCCAAACACUGAGAUUCUUUAUCAGCACUGUCCAGUAGAAAUAUGUUACAUAUAUGGUUUUACAUAUUCUUUUUAUUGGGAGGGAUUGGACCACACCUGGCAGUGCUUGGGGGCUACUCCCAACUCUGUGCUGGGGGUCACUCUCCACAGUGCUCAAGGGACCAUAUGGUACGAGGGAUGGAACCAGAAUUGGCUGCAUGCAUGGCAAGUGCCUUACGCCUAUGCUAUCUCUCUGACCCCUCUUUACAUAUUCUUACUCAUUUUAUUAAAAGCAAAAACAGGAGUCAGAGUGAGAGUAAAGCCAGUAGGGUGUUUGCCUUGCACGUAACCAACCCGGAUUAGAUCCCUGGCACCCCAUAUGGUCGCCCGAGCUCUGCCAGGAGUGAUCCCUGAGUGCAAAGCUAGGAGUAAUCUCUGAAUACAGCCAGGUGUGUCCCCCAAACAAAAACAGAAACAAAAAAAAAAACCCACCCAAAUCCAAAAAACAGACCUAGGUUAUUAUGUUUUAUUUAACCCUGUAUAUAACAGUAUUAUCAUUUCAACUGGUAAUAUGAAUCAGUUCUUAUUUUUACAGCCUUUUUCUCACACUAAGUAUUUGAAAUGCCAUGUGUUUUUUGGAGGAUGGGGGGCACACCUGGCAGUGCUUAGGGGUUACUCCUAGCUCUGUGCUCAGGAGACCAUGUAGGGUGCCAGAGAUCAAAUCUGGGUCAGCCAUGUGCCAGGCAAAGUGCGCUACCCUCUGUAUUAGCACUCAAGUCCCUAUGCCAUGCAUUUUUGAUACUUUCAGCAUAUCUCAAUUCUGACUACUUACGUUUCAAGUGUUCAGACGCCAUGUGUGAGUAGAGAUUAUUAUAUAUAAAACAUAGUAAUUCUAUUUUUUAUUCUGUUUUUGCCACACCCAAAUGAUGCUUAGGGGUUACUCCUGGCUGUGUGCUCAGGAAUCACUCCUGGUAGUGCUUGGGGGACCAUAUGGGAUGCCUGGGAUCGAACCCAGUCAGCGCACAUAAGGCACCCGCUGUACUAUAUCUCUGGCCCCAACACUGUAAUCCUACGUUAUAGAGAAUUAUUGUAGUUAGAAAAAAUUGAAAUCAAGCAUUAUAAAUAGGGAUGAAGUUAAAUAUAUGUGUUGUCUAGUAAGGAACCAUUUUCCUUCUGCACCUAAGUAGGGGUGCCUCAUACAUUUUUACUGGUUAUUUUUCUCAAUUUUACUGACCGUUCCAUUCUGUGAGCACAUUUCUCCUCAGAGGACACGCCGUCACAAUUCCCAUUUUCUCAAGACUCCAUGAUCCUCUUGAUAAGUUAACUGAAGGAAAAGUACACUCACAAUGCGAGCUCUUCACACCCUUAUAUUCUAAUUCUUAAAAUGUUCAUUCAGAGGAAAACUUGUCUGAUGUUUCCUAUGCAUCAGCAAUAGGCAAGAUCAGUUAGCAUUUACCAAGCACACAGGGAGAGGCAAUGGGCGUAUACAUAUAACUAAGAGGAUAUCUCUUCCUUUCAUAGUUUACAGUCUAAUAGGCACCAGUUUGGUUUUAGGGCCACACCUGGCGGCGCUCAGGGAUCACUCCUGGCAGGGCUCAGGGGACCAUAUGUAGUGCCAGGGAUUGAACCCAGGUCGGCAGUGUGCGAGAUAGGCACUUUACCCACGCUACUUUCUCUCCAGCCCCUCAGAUAUCUUUCUGCAUAUGUUUCUUUGUAAAGCAAUUAUGCCUGUUAGAAUAUGUUUGGAAGUUAGAGUGUUUUACUUAUUUUUUUUUUUAAAUUUUUGAGUGCUGGGGAUCCAAACCUUGGCCUUAUAUAAGUGAAGCACGUGCUCUACCACUGAGCUGAAGUCCUGACCCCAAGUUUUUCUUUUUCUGUCUUAUUUAUUAUUUGUGGUACUGGGACCCAUGUUUUCCUUCUUUCGAAUAAAAAUAAUAUAAUUGUGGAAAAAUCAUAGAUCAUAGAAAAUUAUAAAGAAGAAUUACCAGUCAUAAUCCGACUACCCAGAGAGAACAACUGCUAACAUUUUGGCAUAUUUCUCAUCGUUAUCUGAGCUUAUAUUUUAAGAUCAAACUGUACGUACAAUUUUGUCUGCUGCAAUUCUGUUUACAAUUAUGCUGCAAGCAUUUUUCCUUGUCAUUAAAAACAUUUUGAAGGUAUAAUGACUAUAUAAAAUGACAUCUGUGUGUAUACAGUAGUUUUUCUGGAAGUGCCCACUUGGACAUUCAAAUUGUUUAUAUUUUUUCACUUGAUGAACAUAUUCUCAAAUGCUUAUCUAGUUCAUAGAUUAUUUUAGAACAGAUUAUAAGAAAUAUAAUUACUGGACGAGGAAUCUGAAUAUUUUGAAAACUUUUGGUACAUAUGCCAAAGAAAAGAUUGCACUGGUUCUUGUUCCUUUUUACCCCCAAAGGCCAAGUUGUGCGCGUGUGUGUGUUUUUUAAUCAUAUAUACCUAGUUGUAAUCAUACUUUCUAUAUAACUUUACAUUUUUCUUUGGCCUAACAAAAAUUAUUUUUGCAUGUUAUCACACUGUGUAAACCUUUUAACAGGUGCAUAAUCUUUGACUGGAUGUAAUUAUAGUUUGCCUAAACCUUUAUUGUUGGAAUUUACUGUUUUUCUAUUUUUAUCACCAUACAUAAUGUAUCUUUGUGUAUUAAAGUAGACCUUAUAGUAAUUUUGAUCUGAGCUUUGAAAGCUGGUUUUGAGUUUCUACUCACUUUAAAUUAGUUUUAUGACCUGG